AUGACUCAGAUGACUGAUCCUCUGCCGGCGUUAGAUCAAGAGGAUACUGUGAUGUUGGUUCAAGAUUCAGAAGAGGUUGUUGAUGAUCCUCAACCUAUGGAAGUCACACCAGCAGAAGAAGCCGUUAGGGCACAGGCAGUUGAGGAUCCUGCUUCUUCUUCUACGAGAUUUACCUGGAGGAUCGAGAAUUUUUCGACGCUGAACACUGAAAAACAUUACUCUGAUGUUUUCACUGUUGGUACUUAUAAUUGGCGUGUGGUGAUGUACCUCAAGGGAAAAAACGUGGAUCACUUAUCGCUGUACCUUGAAGUUGCGGACUCGGAUAAUUUGCCUUAUGGGUGGAGUAGGCAUGCAAAGUUCAGCUUAGCAGUCGUCAAUCAAAUCCAUAACAAGAUCUCAAUGAGAAAACAUCACCCAGAACACCAAUUUACAGCACGAGAAAAUCAUAUGGGUUUUCCAUCGAUCAUGACUCUUAAAUUACUCCACUACCCUACUGCAGGGUAUCUCGUAGACGAUACUUGUAUAAUUGAAGCAGAGGUUGCUGUCAAUGAUUCUGGAAAUGAAACGGGUUAUGUUGGUCUUGAGAAUCAGGGAGCAACAUGUUAUAUGAACUCUCUCCUCCAGACUCUAUAUCAUAUUCCUUAUUUCAGGAAAUCAGUGUACCAUAUGCCAACAACCGAGAAUGAUUUGGAAUCAGGAAGCAGCAUCCCUUUGGCUCUACAGACUUUGUUUUAUAAGCUUCAAUACGGUAAGAAUAGCGUCUCUACUAAGGAGCUCACUAAAUCUUUCAGAUGGAAUACACAUGAGUCUUUCAUGCAACAUGAUGUGCAGGAACUUAAUAGGGUUUUGUGUGAAAAGCUUGAAGAUAAAAUGAAGGGAACUGCUGUGGAGGGUACAAUACAGCACCUGUUCGAAGGUCACCAUAUGAACUACAUUGAAUGUGUUAAUGUGGAUUAUAAAUCUACUAGAAAGGAAUCAUUUUAUGACCUUCAACUUGAUGUAAAAGGCUGUAGGGAUGUUUACGCUUCUUUCGACAAGUAUGUGGAAGUGGAACAUCUUCAAGGUGAUAACAAGUAUCAUGCUGAUCAACACCAUGGUUUACAGGAUGCAAAGAAGGGUGUCCUUUUUAUUGACUUCCCACCUGUCCUCCAACUUCAGCUCAAACGAUACGAAUAUGAUUUUAAGCGAGACAUGAUGGUAAAAAUAAAUGAUCGUUAUGAAUUCCCCCUGCAACUUAAUCUUGACAGGGAGGAUGGAAAAUACUUAUCUCCAGAUGCUGAUAGAAGAGUUCGCAAUCUUUACACACUUCAUGGUGUUUUGGUUCACAGUGGUGGGGGACAUGGUGGGCACUACUAUGCUUUUAUAAGACCGACAUUCUCAGAGCAAUGGUUCAAAUUCAAUGAUGAGAGGGUAACAAAAGAAGAUAUCAAGAGGAUAUUAGAGGAACAAUACGGUGGGGAGGCAAAAAUUUCAAAUGCAUAUAUGCUCGUGUAUAUACGUGAAAGUGAUAGAGAUGAAAUUAUGUGUGAGGUGGAUGAGAAAGACAUUGCUGAACACCUCAGGAUGAGAUUGAAGAAAGAACAAGAAGAAAAGGAGCAUAAGGAGAAGGAAGAAGCAGAGGCUCACCUGUACACUAUAAUAAAGGUUGCUCGAAACGAGGACUUCUCUGAACAGAUUGGGAGAGAGAUUUUUUUUGACCUUGUUGAUCACAAAAAAGUUAGCAGUUUUCGUAUCCGGAAAAAAAUGCCUUUUACCCUAUUCAAGGAGGAGGUUGCGAAAGAGUUUGGUGUGCCUGUGCAAUUUCAGCGGUAUUGGCUAUGGGCAAAGCGUCUAAAUCAUACUUAUCGUCCAUACCGACCAUUAACUCUUCAAGAGGAGACACAAUCCGUUGAAAAGUUGAGAGAAAUAUCAAAUAAGGCAGCUGGCAAUGAGGCAUGGAAUAACAAAGAACUAAAGUUAUUCCUGGAAAUAGAGAUUGGGCCGGAAUUAAAUCCCAUUCCUCCUCCUUGUCAUAGAAAGAAAGAAGAUAUUCUUCUUUUUUUCAAGCUAUAUGAUGCUGAAAAGGAAGAGAUUCGGUAUGUUGGGAGACUUUUGGUUAAGGGUAGUGGUAAGCCUUUGGAAAUUCUUAAAAAGCUAAAUGAGAUGGCUGGGUUCUCUCUAGACGAAGAAAUAGAACUUUAUGAUGAAAUAAAGUUUGAGCCCACUGUUAUGUGUGACCGCGUAGACAAGAAGCUCACCUUCUGCGAUAGCAAGCUUGAAGAUGGGGACAUUAUCUGCUUCCAAAAACCCGCUUCAGCUGAUAGUAUGACACCAUACCUCUAUCCUGAUGUUCCUUCUUUUCUAGAAUAUGUUCAUAACCGCCAGGUUGUGCAUUUCCGAUCUUUGGAGAAGCCAAAGGAAGAUGAUUUUUGUUUAGAGCUGUCAAAGGUAUCAACAUAUGAUGAUGUCACGGAAAGAGUAGCGCGCCAUCUUGGUAUGGAUGAUCCAACCAAGAUCAGAUUUACCCCUCAUGACUGUUACUAUCAGAAACCUAAAAUCCAAGCUAUUAAGUACCAAGGUAUGGGCCACUUGUCUGAAAUGUUGAUCCACUACCAACGGAAAUCUGACAUCUUGUAUUACGAAGUCUUGGACAUUCCUUUACCCGAGUUGCAAGAUUUGAAAACUCUAAAGAUUGCAUUCCAUUAUUCAACAAGAAAUGACACGGUCGUUCAUAGUAUUAGACUUCCAAAACAAAGUACAGUUGGAGAUCUGAUCAAUGAUCUGAAGACAAAGGUUGCGCUGUCUCAUCCUGAUGCGGAGCUUAGAUUGCUGGAAGUCUUCUCCCACAAGAUUUUCAAGAUUUUUACGCUUAGUGACAAGAUUGUGAACAUUAAUAAUCAAUGCUCGACUCUAAGGGCAGAGGAGAUUCCAGAAGAGGAGAAGAACUUGGGUCCUCAGGAUCGCUUGAUUCAUGUUUAUCACUUUGCAAAAGAUGGAUAUUUGGCACGGAAUUUUGGGGAACCAUUUUUCUUGGCUAUCCAUGAAGGAGAGACUUUAGAUGUGGUCAAAUUGCGAAUACAGAAGAAAUUACAGGUUCCUGACGAGGAAUUUGCUAAGUGGAAGGUAGCAUUUUUUUCAUCGCUGCAUCGACCUGAGUACCUUCAGGACUCAGAUAUAGUGUUCAGCUGCUUUCAGAGAAGUGUUUAUGGAGCUUGGGGGCAGUACCUUGGGUUGGAGCAUUCUGGUAGUUCCCCAAAAAGAGCAUAUGCAGCCAGUAACAAUCUACAAAUAGGGUAA